AUGAACCCACAAGGAAGAAAGAGAGAACGAGAAGAGAAUAAACAUGGCAAUGAAAAAAAAUUAAAGACUAAAAAUAGUGAUGGCGAUGAUGGUAAUGAUUUGGUUAAUGAAAAACCAGAAGAACUUUUUAAAAUACUUCAACAAAUAUAUAAGGAAAAUUAUGAUGAAGAAAUGGGAAAGAGAGAAGAAGUGGAAAAGAGAGAAGAAGUGGAAAAGGGUGAAGAAGUGGAAAAGGGUGAAGAAGUGGAAAAGGGAGAAGAAGUGGAAAAGGGAGAAGAAGUGGCGAAAGUUACUACUACUAUUCAAAGAAGUAGUUCAUCACAACAAGAUCAGGACCAACAAAGUGAUGAUCUAAUUGAAUCAGAUAUCCAUCAUUGUACAAGUUCAAGGGUGUGGACCAAUGAAGAUAUAUCCAUUUUAUUAAAGCAUUGCCUUAGAAAACGAAUAAACACCGAUGAACUUUACGAAUUGGGUCUAUUAAAAAAACCUCAGGCAAUGUCUAAGCAGUGGGAAUCAAUGAAAAAUAAGAUCAAGAAAUCAUUUGGCUAG